AUGGCCUCCUCGCAAUCUCCGUCCUUCCCUCUCCUCCUCCCCUUCUUCCUCUUUGCCACUGUUGCCAUUGCGAGAAGCACCCAUGAACACAGAGAGAAGAUAACCCAUCUCCGCUUCUACUUUUACGACUACUACGGUGGCUCGAACGCGACGACCGUCAGCGUCGUCAGCCCUCCCGGCAACAACACCUUCGGGAGUAUCGGGGUGGGCGAAAACAUACUGAGGGAAGGUCCCCAGUCGAGUUCCAAGCUCAUCGGGAAAGCGCAGGAGCUUACUGUGCAGGCAUCCUUGGAGAGUCCGGCCUACCUCUCGGCGCUAAACUUCGUGUUCACAGCCGGAAAGUACAACGGGAGCAGCUUCUCCAUCUUCGGCAGGGCGGUGCUGACGGAGCGGAUAGAGCGGGGCAUCGUCGGGGGCACCGGCAAGUUCCGGAUGGCCCGGGGCUACACCAUCAGCAGGCUCAUCAGGUCGACUGGAACUACCCAAAUGGAGCUUGUCAUGGCGUACGAUGCUUACGUCUUUCACUGCUGA